AUGGAUCUCAAAGUAGAUACCGAAGAAAUAGACGCAAAUCAACCUCCACCCAUAGAAGUUUUUGCGCACAGCUCGACGCUGCACGGGAUCUCUCACAUUUUCACGUACGAGCGGUUCUGCAUCAAGCGCUGUCUGUGGGUCGUGUUUUUCUUGGGCUCUCUGACCUUCUUGCUGUACGUGUGCGUGGACCGGAUCCACUUCUACCUCGAGUACCCGCACGUCACCAAACUGGAUGAGGUGACGACCCCGAUCAUGACGUUCCCCGCGGUCACCUUUUGCAACCUGAACGCGUUCCGCUUCAGCCGGGUGACGCGCAAUGACCUUUACCACGCAGGGGAGCUGCUAGCCCUGCUCAACCAGAGGUAUGAGAUCAGGGACAUACAUCUUGUGGAGGAAAGCGUUUUGGAGAGCCUAAAGGUAAAGGCAGAUUUCCAUAAUUUCAAGCCGCGACCCUUCAACAUGCGGGAAUUCUACGACCGCACCGGUCACGACAUCAACGACAUGCUGCUCUCCUGCCACUUUCACGGCACCGAGUGCAGAGCGGAGGACUUCAAAGUAGUCUUCACUCGCUACGGGAAGUGUUACACGUUUAACGCCGGUGAUGAUGGACGCCCUCCCCUCAUCACCACAAAGGGAGGUAUGGGUAAUGGACUGGAGGUCAUGCUGGACAUUCAGCAGGAUGAAUACCUGCCUAUCUGGGGAGAAACAGAUGAGACAUCAUUUGAAGCUGGGGUCAAAGUUCAGAUCCACAGUCAGGACGAGCCAUCCUUCAUUGACCAGCUCGGGUUCGGAGUGGCACCCGGGUUUCAGACGUUUGUUUCCUGUCAGGAACAGAGGCUGAUAUACCUUCCCCCACCCUGGGGAGACUGUAAGGUGACAGCCAUGGAUUCAGACUUCUUUGAUAGUUACAGCAUCACAGCCUGUCGCAUUGACUGUGAAACACGCUACCUGGUGGACAACUGCAACUGCCGCAUGGUGCACAUGCCUGGCGACGCACCCUACUGCACCCCCGAGCUGUACAAAGAAUGUGCUGACCCAGCCCUUGAUUUCCUGGUGGAGAGAGACAACGAUUUCUGUGUGUGUGAGACGCCAUGCAACAUGACCAGAUACAGCAAAGAGCUGUCCUUCGUCAAGAUCCCCAGCAAGGCCUCUGCUAAAUAUCUUGCAAAGAAAUACAACAAAUCUGAGCAGUAUAUUAAGCAAAAUCUCCUGGUUUUGGACAUAUUUUUUGAGGCUCUCAACUACGAAACUAUUGAACAGAAGAAGGCUUAUGAAGUGGCUGGACUUUUAGGUGAUAUUGGUGGUCAAAUGGGACUUUUUAUCGGGGCAAGCAUACUCACCAUUCUGGAGAUAUUUGACUACCUUUAUGAGGUGAUAAAGUACAAGCUGUGUGGCUGCUCUGAUAAGAAGCACAAGCACACACACAACAACGACCAGGGCACGGUCCUGAGCUUAGACGAUGUCAAGUGUCACGUCAGUAACUUUCACUAGGCUUCUGCAGCCGCGAAGAGGGAGCCGCCACACUAUCUUGUAGCUGAGCAGUUUUGUGGACUUUGUUCAUUGCAAGAGCAACAGGGAAAGUGUCUGAACUGUGCCGGUUUAAGGUUUGUGAGCUACAAAGUAGCUACAGGAGAAGCUACACAGACAGCAGGGCAGCAGAAACCAUUGAUCAACAUGUUUUGAUAAAUAAAAAAUGUCAGAAUAACUGCAUGGUCAUCUGUAAACAGCUUUUCAAGACAUAGUAACAGAUACAGUAAAUGGGGGCAUGAACUAAGCUAAGGUUCAAUAAAUCAGCAUUAGAAUUCCCAGCUAUGUGGUGGCUUUGUAAUCUGUUAUUGUGAACGAUUUUUUA